CUCAGUUGACAGAGCGUCACUGUGGAAGUUGUAGACGCUCACUUUGGAGAAAAGCUGCAGCAGUUUGACAUCCGUGAUGGCAGAGUAUGAAGUGAGUGAGGGUGUUAAUAUUAACUCUGAGUUGCCUAAGGAGAGUGGUUCAAACCUGAGUACAGAAAAUGAUUUGAGUGUUACCACUAGAGAUAGGCACCCUGUAACUGCCCGCAUGUCGCCAUUUAAACCUACUGUGCCCAUAGGAAAAAAUAUAGACCAUUUAGAUGGUUCAGUCACCAGGAAACUUAAUCUUGAUGAUGACCAGAGUAUUAAUAACAGCAGCACUUAUGAAAAUGGUUAUUUUAACGAUGUUACUGUGGAGAAAAGCAUUGAUGAAAAAACGAAAGAAGGUACCAGCAAUGAACCGGAGGUGCCUGAGACUGUUCCAGAAAUCUUGGUUCAAGAUAGGGAUGCUGAUGCAACGGAUACAGUAAGUAAUUCUCCUGAUCCAAUUGAUCAAGUGGCUGAACAGGAUGAUCAAGUUGCUGAACAGGAGGGUCAAGUAGCUGACACAGCCGGACAAACAACAACUCAAACUAAUCAUGUAGAAACUGAACUAACUAACCAAAUUGGGCAAGAUCAAGUAGAUGGAGCUGAUUCAAGUGGAGAAAACGACGCUGUUGUGAGUUUCCCAAAAUUAGACCGUAAGAAGGACCACGCUGAAGUAAAACCUGAUCAGGAGACGUGUGAUCAGCAGAAGUUGGAGAUAGAGGCAGUCGCUCCUAGAAAGUUGAGAGCUAGGAAGACAGGUGUACCAUGCGGGUAUGGUAGUCGGAAAAUGAAGUAUUUGACUUUGAAAGGUGGCAACAGAAGGUCUCUGACUGUUUCUGAAUUGUUAGCCCAAAAAAGAAAAGCAGGAUUAGAAAAUGGCUUAGUUGUAAACGGUAGUCUUUCCGAUGGUGAUAAGCAUCGUGUUUCCAAGUGGAGGAAGACCCAAGGUUCACUGCAAGAAGAAAAUGAAAAGGUUGUCUUUGGUUUGAAUUUGAGACCGAGAAAAAGACCAGAAACUGAUACAGAUACGGAUAGUGUUGUCAGUGGUAGCAGUAGUGUAAGCAAUAGUAGAAGAAGGAGAAGAGGUGUGAAAGGUAUCGAACCUGAAAGGGCUGGAGGAGCCAUUCUUUCCCAUCUACUUGAUGGUUGUGGCCUUAAUGAUGGUAAAACUAAAAAAGCUGUACCAUCUGAAAGUGUUAAUAAAGUUAAACAUGAACCGCCUCUUUGUAGUUGUAAAAUGGCAUUCGGUGUUCAAUUUGAACCUGGCGUCAUGCCUGUCUGUCGAGCAGUUGAGUACUUAGAUGGCCAGCUCAAACUUUGCGAAGCUGCCGUAUCAGCGCUCAAACAAGUCCGGCCAUCAACUCGUGUGAAAUUUAUGGUGCUUUGUAAUGACCAUCUUUCAAAAAUGGCUCGACAUCAGUGUUGUCCUGGGUGUGGUGUAUUCUGUUCUUUGGGUUCUUUUACUAUCUGCACUGGGGAAGAUUCAGUACACCACCACUUCCACAGGAAAUGUAUUAGUGAAACUGACGGUACAUUAUACUGCCCACACUGUGGUGAUGACGCCCGUAAUGCCAAGGAUGUUCGAGUGGUGCCACAGGUUAUUUCCGUAUCAACAUUACCAGAUGCAGUCCCAGCUACUUCAUUACCCCUGACACCAGGCUCUGCUAGGUUGUCCACACCAAUUGUUGCCCCAGGCUUGGUAGGAAAUGAUUCCAUGCUUGCUUCCAAUGUGGAUCCAAAUGCUACAAAACCUGUUGGUAAACGGAAAAGACAAAGGUUUCACUCAACUCAUCGCAAUUUUUGUAGCCUCCAGUGCUGUAGUAAUAACAGUAGUAUUAAUAGUAGCGUUCUUAAUGCUGAUCUCAUUCCUGCAAAUGAGCUUGCAAGUGAUAGUGUGCCCACUGACAGCAAUUCUUAUCAGUUGUCCAGUCCAAGUGAUAGUGAUAUUAGUCCUAGGAGUAAAGCUCGGAUGUCUGUUCCCCUGAGCUCUCCUGCUCAAGAAGACAAAAUAAAUACUCUUAUGCCACCUAAAAGAGCUGUUUUGCCAAAUGGUCAGAUUAUAUCUACUGAACAUUUUACCAGUGUGUCAUCUAGAGAAGUUUUGGAACAAGCUCUCAAAGUCUUAGAAGACGAAAAACCCAAGAAAUUGAGAUUCUUUCCUAAAAACUUAUAUAUGGCUUCAAAGCAUGGUGAACUGGAAAAGGUUCUGUAUAUGCUAGCGGAAGGUUUUGAUCCAAACUGCAAGUUUGUUGCUUUCAAUAAUUCCACAGCUUUACAUGGAGCCGCUAUGAACGGCCAUGUUGUCAUAUUAUCUGUAAUUCUACAAUCCGAUGGUAAUAUUGAUUCCAUUGAUGCUAAAAGUAGAACGCCGUUGAUGGAAGCUUGUGAGUUUAAUCAAAUGGAAUGUGUUCAGUAUCUAGUAAAGGCUGGUGCUAAUAUAAACGCCCGGGAAGAUGACGGUAUGAGCUGCCUUCAUUUAGCAGCAAAGGCCGGCCAUUUGGAAGUUGUAAAGUACAUUCAGCAAACACACUCCAUAGACAUCAAUAUACAGGAUGAUGGUGGCUGGACAGCGAUGAUCUGGGCAUCAGAAAAUCGACAUAAAUCAGUUGUGGAGUUUUUACUGGAACAUGGUUCAGACCCUCAUAUUAGAGAUAAUGAAGAAAAUAUCAGUCUUCAUUGGGCUGUGUACGGAGGAUGUGAAGAAAUAGCUGAGUUAUUUUUAAAUGCCAAAUGUAAUUUACAUUGUAUCAAUGUUCAUGGUGAUACACCUCUUCAUAUUGCUGCUAGAGAAAACCACUAUGUAUGUGUCGAGUUGCUUUUAUCAAGAGGAGCAGAUAUCAAUGCUAAGAACAAAGAAGGAGAAACACCUCUUGACUGUUGUCAACCGAACUCAAAAACUUGGACCUCCUUACAAGUAAACAUGAGAAUGAAACAAGCAGCAGCAAAUAGAAAAAAACGCACAGAAAAAAUUUUACAUCGAGACAUUUCUCGUGGACGAGAAAACAUUCCAAUUCCCAUAGUGAAUGGCAUUGAUGACUGUCUACCUCCGGAUGAUUUCUUGUAUAUUACCCAGUGUUGUGAGACGGCACCACUUAGUAUUGAUAUGAAUAUACGCCAUGUUCAGGGAUGUCGAUGUCAAGAUGAUUGUCUAACUCUAGGAUGUAUAUGUGCUAUUAGUAGCGUGCAAUGCUGGUAUGAAAAGGAUGGAAGAUUAACAAAAGAUUUUAAUGCAUUAGAACCGCCAUUGUUGUUUGAGUGUAACAGAGCUUGUGGUUGCUGGAACACUUGUAAUAAUCGUGUUAUACAAAAUGGCAGUCGCUGUCAUCUACAAUUGUAUCGAACUAACAGAAUGGGAUGGGGCUUGCGUACAAUUAAAGAUGUACCUCAGGGAACCUUUGUCUGCGAAUAUAUAGGAGAAAUUAUAUCUGAUGAAGAGGCUGACAGAAGACAAGAUGAUUCUUAUUUGUUUGACUUAGAAAACAGGGAGGGAGAAAUUUUUUGUUUAGAUGCUCGUCACUAUGGUAACAUAAGCCGGUUUAUCAACCAUUUAUGUGAUCCCAACCUGGUGCCCGUCCGGUUCUUUGUUGAUCACCAGGAUUUAAGAUUUCCAAGAAUAGCUUUCUUCACUUCUAGAGAUGUGAAAGCAUAUGAAGAGUUGGGAUUUGAUUAUGGUGAUAAGUUCUGGAGUGUCAAAGGGAAAUAUUUUUCAUGUCAAUGUGGAUCCGAAGCAUGUAAACACUCAAUAACGCUGUUCAAUAGCUGAUGAACUGGAAGAGUUGUUAUACAUUUCAACAAAUUAUGUCUGGAAUAAUAGAUGAAUUUUAAAUUUUGCAAUUUUGCAAUAUAUUGAGCAGUUUUUAACUCUUUGAAUGCCAUAGUCAAAUUUCGCUACCUUUUAAAAAAAAAUUGCCUGCAUAAUUUUUAAAAUGUUUUCUCAACAUUUUUAUCAAGAUCUUGAGCCAAUAAGAAAUGUUCAUUUGAUCUAAAGUUAACAGAUACUAGAAAAAAAGAGAAAAAU